AUGACUACCAAGUCUGAGGCCUUCGAUGAUAGAAACUCCGUAAUUGACGCACCUCCCACGUACGACGAGGUCUCCCUGUCUGCAUCACUAUUAGACUCUGUCCACUCCAUCGGCAGACGGCAUAGUUUAUUCUCCUUUCUACGGAAGAAGCAGAAACGAUCAAUCGUCCUAUCAUGCAUCCCCAACGCAUGUGCUGCUACUCUUCCGCCUUCACAGUUCGCCCACCUCCUGCAAGAACCCGACAUAGGUCACACAGCCCUGUAUUGGUCAAUCGUCAAUCACGGGCGAGAAGUCUUUUCAGCACUUGCCGCAUUUAUCCCACGAUUCACUCCCGUUUGCUCCUCUGACUUGCGUCAGGCUUGUAUCGCAAUUAGCGACCACGAAUUGUUUACCCAGCUGAAGUUAGAGGAUGUUUUCAAUCCUAAAGACGAGUCCCUGAGACGUUUUUUGGGCUGCCCGCCUGAUGAGGUACAGGUGUACUCUGUCGCAGGGCAUACACCUAAAAAGAACGAGUUUGUUGCUUGCUUCAGCAUCAGGAUGUUCCAGAAACGGCACAUAUGGUUGUUGGAUUUCCGUAUGGCGAAAGGGAAUUGGCGCAUCGCGUUUAGUCUUCCUGAGGAUAGUUUGCCGGCGUAUGUAGAGUCCCCUGUGCUUGUCAUCCAGGCACCCAGUGGGAAUACCCCACUCGAAGAUAUGCGAAUACCGCAUCCUGACAAAAUGGCUAUCAUGAAACCUAUGGUGUGCGUUCAUUUCAAGUCAAAGCAAACUGAUGGUUUCACGACACCUUCGGUAACGCAGAUUCGCCAUGGCAUCAAGGACAUACACCUCGAUCCUCUGGCCUUUUGA